CUGUCUGACUGUGUAUUGUAAUGAUGAAGACAGAUUAGCUUUCUGCUAUGGCAUCGAGAAUUUGUAUGCCAUCUCUGACAUGGGGCAUCCAUAUAAAAUGGCUGGAAUCGAUUUUGUGGUACUUGAUGACAAGUACUACCCUGAUGAAGAUACGAACGUCACCUCUCAUGAAAAGAUGAAGGAUGUUUUUAACGCUAUCCUCUCUCAGGUGGAGAACACUCCUGAGGAACAAAUAUUUCACAAACUUCUGCAGCACUUGUUAAACAUUAACACAUCUCUAAAAACAAUGAAGGAAAUUAUCUGGGAAACAGCCGAAAGACUUGUACACAGAGCAACUUUGGUGGACAACAAAGAAGAUGCUGAAAAACUACUAGCUCAUAUCAGGGCCUUCAGACACUUUACAAAUAGCUUUAUUUCGGAAAAUGACUGCUGCAAAAGCCGUCGCAUCAAAUUUCAAAAUGAUAAUAAAGAAAAUCGAAGGUCAGUUAUGGUCCAAUGCUCUCUUGAAGAAUUUAAUGUAUCUAUUUAUCCUUCCCAGUGUUUCCCCCCAUUGUCUCUUACACAAGAAUCCUUAAAAAGACACACAGACUCCGAGAAAAAAAAAUUCCAAUCGUUUUCAAAUAGUGAGCUCGAAAUUUCAAUUCCAUCCACAGAUUCCUAUUCUCUUCCAGCCUCUCCAAAUUUUUCACAUAACAUAUCUACGCCAAUAUCAUCAACAUCAUGUUCAUCUUCAUCAUCUUUAAGUUCUCCGCAAAGUUCCCCACUAUCGCCAAAAAGUUCACCAUCCUUUACUCCUUUAUCGACAUUAAUCUGUCCACCUCCUCCCCCUCCGCCACCUCCUUUCUUAGGUGCACCUCCGCCUCCGCCCCCUCCUCCACCUCCUUUCUUAGGUGCACCUCCGCCCCCUCCACCACCACCUUUCUUAUGUGCACCUCCGCCACCUCCCCCGCCGCCACCGCCUUCUUUAGGUGCACCUCCGCUACCUCCUCCACAGCCACCACCUUCUUUAGGUGCACCCCCGCCACCUCCCCCACUGCCACCGUCUUUAUUAGGCACAUCUCUGCCCCCUCCCCCACCACCACUGGGUGCUCUGCCUCCACCUGUACCAGGAAUGCUAUCAAUGAUUCAUGCUGCCCUUCCCCAACAAGCAAUUCCCAAACCUAAGAGCAAAAUGGUAUCAUUAAAUUGGAAUAAAAUCCCAAUUCAAAAAGUAGUUGGCCGAAACAACUUGUGGGCCUUGGUUGCAGCUAGCCAUAAAGUGACAUCUAACAUUCUAGACUUUGAAGAGAUGGAAGGCUUAUUUUGUCAAAAAGCAAAAGGUACUUCAAAACAUGGCAAGGACUAUACUGAUGUCGGAAAUAAAAAUUCUACUGACUUAUCAAAUCAAAAGAAAAAGGAAUCUCAAGAAAUUAACCUCCUAGAUGGAAAGAGGAGUCUUAAUGUUAAUAUUUUUCUAAAACAAUUCCACAGUCCACACGGAGAUAUAAUUCAAGAUUUGCGGAAAGGAAUACCCACACAGUUGGGCAUUGAGGAGUUGAAAGGGCUUUUAAAAAUUCUACCAGAGGAUGAUGAGAUCAAACUUCUGAAAGGAUAUACAGGUGAUAUCCAACGACUUGGAAGUGCUGAAAAGUUUUUCAGUCAAUUAUUAGGCCUACCUGGAUAUAAGCUUAGAAUUGAAAGUUUAUUACUGAAAGAAGAGUUUGAUUCGAUCUUCGUUUCUUUAAAAGAAGGCCUAGAAACAAUGAAAUUUGCGGCUCGAGAAAUCAAAGAGUGCCAGAGUCUGCAUGAAAUCCUGUUUAUGGUGCUUGUUGCUGGAAAUUUUCUAAAUGCAGGGAAAUAUGCAGGAAAUGCAGCGGGUUUCAAGAUGAUAAGGGUUUCAAGUUUUUCUGACUUAUAUGCUAAUCAAGCAGAAUGGAAGAAAACAGAACUUUUAAAGCUGCCUGACGAAAUGAAAAACUUAGAAAACACAGCAAAAUUUUCUCUCGAAGUAUUAAAGGCAGACAUUAAAAGCUUGAACGAUCGAACAAACUCACUUUCUAAGCAACUUCUAACCGCUCAUCAGGAUUUAAGGAACCAAAUGGAAAGUUUUACUAACGAAGCAAAAAAGAAAAUUGAAGCAGUUUCUGAAGAAGCUAAGGAACUGGAUAAACUAAAAGACGACUUGGCAGAGUUUUUAUGUGAAGACGCUGCAACCUUUAAUCUCGAUGAAUGUUUCACAGUGUUCCGUAGUUUUUGUCAUAAGUUUAGAGGAGUCAUUCAGGAAAACAAACUGCGCCACGAACAGGAAUUGAAAGCUGAAAUGAGACGCAAGAAAAUGAAGGAGCAGGAUACUCGCAGAAAACAAAGCACGCCCGUGUCAUCACGUUAUCGAUCCCCCACACUUUGUGGAAAUGAAACAUUGACUAACAUUGUCGGCACACUCUUGGAUGAUGGAUUGCCUGAUUUUCAAGCUCGUAUACCACGUCUACGUAACAACUCUGAUGACUCCAGUAGCGUAGCACUAUCAAGAACGAGUUCUAUUAGUUCCCUAAGUACUUGCUGGGAUAAUUCCGAAUCCAGUGAACUCUCUAGUAUUUCGUGUGAUUCAUCUAAAAGGAGAAACCGACGAAGUGAAAUAUUUUCCGAAAAUGAAGAUGAUAUUUCCCCAAUUUUGCCUGACAGUUCUGACCAGGAAUCUACAGGAUAUAGUUCUAUGAGUUGCAGCGAAGACGGUUCUUUUGAUAGACAAUCCCUUUUCCGAAAAUCACUCAAAAAGAGACGCAAAAGCUUACUGCUUGCAGAAAUGAACGAACGAGAUCGUGUUAUUUUGUCAGUUCCUUGCUUGGAAACCUCUGAGGAAGAGGAAAAAGAGCAAAAGCCACAAACAAGUCCUGAAGUAUUUGUGGAAGAUAUAAUAGAUGAAGAGGAAAUGUUUUCCACAGAAAGAAAUGCAGAAAGAACUGUGCAGGACAUUAAUAGAAAUGGUAAUGAUGCUCAACUUCAGUUGUCCCCCACAACAAUAGCGGAACAGCUAAGUGAUACAAUAAGAAAUGGAACAAAUUUAACACGCGACAGUAAACUUUACCACAGUAUGAGAGAAUAUUCUACAAACGAAACUCCUAUAAUAGAAGCUCAUAAUAUAAACGAUGACAUAGGUAUUCAUAAUCCUCGUAUAAAAGAUAAAUCGAUGUUUCGAAAAAGUACAUUCAACAUGCUGUAUUCUAGUGAACCUGUAGAGAAACAAGAGGGACGAAUUCGAACGCCAGAAAUGGAAAACGAUUUUUUCAAAGAAGAAAUCAGGAUUAAGGAAACACAGACGAUCACUACAGAGACAUCUUUAGUUGAAAUUGAUUUCGAAAAUUCCAACAAUUCUUGUAUGACACAAUUAGAAACAAAAUCGAAUAACUUCGAAAGUGCAUCCUCUUGUACUUUGACCGAAUCGCUCUCGCUCCUGCAAAGUCCUGACCAACACGCAAAAGGUAGUGUUUUGUCUGAAAACCCUUAUUCUUCAAAUAUGUUAAAGUCUUGUCCAGAGGAAGAAUGUUUCGAAAUUAAAUGUGACUUUUCUAAUUUAACGAAACAGCUACCGUCUUCCAGUUCUCAAGGUGAAAUACACCAUUCGGUGAACCAUGAAGAAGAACAGUCUGAAAAGCAGGCACAGGUAUCUGAUAACUCACAAAAUGCAAAUAUUAGUCAUCAGAAAACUGGGAAACUGAGUUUUUUCAAUAAAAAAAUUGACGACGUAGUUGCCGACACAGGUACACAAGGAAAAUAUUUAGUGAGAGCUGACGACAGUUUAAGCAAUGAAUAUAUAAAUAAUAUACCAGGUUCUGACCAACAAAAUGAACUGUAUCAAGAUAUAAAAGAUUUCACAACUGAAAACAUCUCUAAAGAUGCAAACACAAUUAAAAAGGAUGAUUUUCAAGUUCUCCAUCAAAGUACAAAAGUGCAAGUUAACUCCACAGAACGUACAGACAUUCUUAAUGAAGAUGGAGUUAAUGAGAAAGAUUCAACAGAAAUAAUUUCAAAUCAGAGUUCUCAAAGAUGUGAAAAUUCUGACUUUGAUGAUAGUAUGGAACCAGAAACAGUUGAAACAUGUCAUUUAAAGAAUGCAGAAAGGGAAAAAGGAUUUAGUCGGUUCUCUCGGCACAAACAAACUGUUGGAGAAUCUACAGAAUCUUAUGGAAAACCUAAGCCUUUCCAGGGUUUUAGAGAUAUGAAAGACAAACAUUCAAACCGUGAAUUACAAACAAUGAAACACACAGGUUUGAAGCCACCUUUAAGAGUAAAGGAAACUGUAGGUAAUGUAUUACCUCAACAAAAGGUAAAAAAAACACUCCCGGAUCGCCUAGUUAACACACAAUAUUCUCCAAGUUAUCGUAGCCAAACAGUGAAUAAUUUACAAAAUAAAAAAUUAAAAGCUAGUGUUAAUUCUGUGUCUGGACUGACUAAAUCUAAUUCUAGCAGACUUUCCCAAAAGUUACCUGCUUCUAGUACAACAAAAAAGGCCAACAUUACCCAAAAAGGAACCGAAACGAACCAAAAUGCCAUUGCUUUGAAAAAAUCGACUUCUCAUCUUACUUUAACAGAAAAGACAAAGUCUAAAGUCUAUUCAAAAGUAAAUAAACCUCAGUUUAACCAGGCUCCUACUCAAAAGUCUAAGCUACCUUCUAAACCCAAUCAUUCCAGUGGAAUAAAACAUUCAGAAACCAUUCACAAGGAAAAGCAUGGUCCUAAUCUAAUGAGAAAGAAAAAUGGGGAUAUCAGCGUUAAUAGUAAAAAAAGUAUCUCCCGAGAAGAUGUGAAAGGUUCAUCAUUGGAAAAUGGUGAAAGAAGAACGAACUGCAGCAACACCUUUGCUUCAAAUUGCAGCUUAACUACUGCUUAUAAUUCUUCAGACAGUGCCUAUGAUACCGAAGCUUCAAAUUUUUCUUAUAGUAAUCAAAUAAAAUAUCGAGUUGAAGAAGAAAGUUCUGAAACACCGAAAAUGGAAAACGAUCCCAAAACAUCUUACAAGACAAAUGGACAGCGACCAAAACGUGUUGAUAUUGCAUGUCAUAAAGAUAAAAUAAAAGUUCAAAGUAUUUCAAAGCCAAAAGCCAAUACUACUACGCAUUCGAAUAGUUCCAACACAAUUAAACCUAAACAAAAUAGAAAGGAGGGUAUUCUAAACAAGCCACUGAAGUCUCAAACCUCAUCAAAGAGUUUUGAAACUAGAGGAAAAACCCAGAAAAAUUCUAACAAGGCAGAUAUGAAGUUUCAGGUAAGUCAAAGACGCUCUGAUACAAUGUCAAAAGCUUCAAUGCCUUUAAAUCGUCAGUUAAAGGACUCAACUAAUAAAGAAAUUCCAAUUUCCUUAAAAGCCAAGAAAAAGUUAGAAGCAAACUUAAAGCCUUCGGAAAGAAAAUGUAAUACAAGUGGAAAAAAAUCCACUCCACUUUUGACAGAUCAAGUUGCCUCUUCAAAAAAACUACUACAUGGAAAUCAUUCCGCCCCUGAAAAUCCAGAACGUCAUUUUGUCCGUAAAGCAAAUCAAACCAGAACUGGAGGUUCUUCUACGUUUAACAGAUUCUCAACCGUGGCUUCAAAACCUGAUGUUUUAAAAAAUUCAAAAGUAAAUGUUUCCGAUUUGCCAAAAAGUAAUUUAUCGAGAUCUGCAUCCGUUACUGCUACAAGGAAACCGCAUAUUAAUCUUACCGAAAGAAAGAAAAACACUGCCAAAUCAAGCACAGAAAAAGCCAAAACUAACUUACCCUUGAAAAAAAGUGCUAGUGUUAGAUAUAAUUAAAAUAUUUGUGAUCAACACUUUAAAUUGAAAAUUGUUAGCAAUGUUGUAAACCUAAGAAGUACAUGUAUCUUCGAUAAUGAGUAACCAAUCGUAUAUAACGCAUCUCUUUAAAAAAACAACAGUAACUAUCCCGAGAAGGCUUUCACGCAAAAAUAUUUUAGUUACAAUGAUUAGUUUUCCAUUUGGUUGAAGGUAAGCGUGUAUAGUUUUUAAAACGUUUUCUUUUUACUACGAGGUAACACUUAUGUAGAAAUCAACUAUAAUAUUUUAUGUAAGUUUCAUUUACGAUUGUUAUCGUCCAGUAUGUUUUAGAUUAAUGUUAAGAUGUUUUACAUUACGUUUGUAUAAUGACUAUUUUUUUUUCGACUUUAGAAUUGUUGUUGUUAUGACUUCCAUGUAUAAUGCAUUUUAAUACAAUUGCCAUGUCAUUGAGAAACAAAAAAAAAUGUUUGUUGAUACUUGCAGACUUUUAGGGUGUAUUUUUACACAUCGUUUAGUCAUAGAAUAAUUAAAAUGUUUUUGAAUAAGGAAAAUGUGUCAUGCUUAUAUCAGACGAGUUUUGUUAUAUGUAAGAUAUACAGGUGUAAUGUAUACAUGUUAUCGUGCAUUUCUUGUUGUUUAUAAUAUUUUGCUCUAAAUAUGUUUAUAUACGCUAAAAAACACGAACCUUCACGCAAUCUAUUUUUGUUGUUGUUGUUGUUUUCUUCCGGGCACGAAAGUUUGACUUCAGUAAUAAUUCUUAUAAUUAUCUAGAAAAGCAUGUGUCAUAGGUAAAUUUAGUCUCUGAUGUGUCUAAAUGCAUAUUAUUUAAUUGCUGAUUUUACAAGAAGUUUAAGUAAUAAAUAUAUUUUGACAUAGAAGCUGUUUUGAAAAAAAAAAAAAGAAAAUCAUAUAAACUGUUAGCAAUAUCAAUAUAUUUCGCAAAUAGCUAUAAAAAACGAUUACAAUCUGGUUUGGUCAGCUUCUCACAGAUCCUUACCUCUUGCGAAAAAUUCAUAAUUCUAUUUUCUAGUAAAAAAAAAGUAUUUUGCGUGAUGAAUACAAAACAGUAUAAUAACCAUAUUCUAAUAAGUCCAAUACAGAUUUCUGUAUAGUUGGGUCAAAUUUGUCCAGGAAUAUGCGAAAUAAAACUGUUGUUAUUUACUCGUAUUAUUAUUUUUGGGUAUGGUUACUUGUGAGACAGUUUUGUUUUGUUUGUAGUAAAAAAAUAUACACGUGUACGAGCUUCCUAGGCAUAACAGAAGGUGUUAAAAUGGACUUAUUUUCACUCUCAUGUUUGUUGAACGUAUGGCAAUAUAACUUAUAAAUGAAAUUAAAGAUGAUGAGGUUAUAAAAAACAUAAGAUAAGUAAAUAAUAUAGCUCAAUUUGUAACUGUUAAAACAUUAAUUAUGAUAAACAUUUUAAUGAGACGGGCACAAAUAUCUCAAGUCAUGCUCUGAUUAUUUUAAAAAAGAUUGGUGUUAAAUAUUUUUUUAACUGUGACUGGCUGCAUUGAAUAAGCAAACUACGGAAACGUUAUGUAGUGGACAGUGCUCACGAAAUAGUAAUGUUGUGUGAUUUUACAUGAUAAACUUUAUCUAAUUGAAAGUGCAUUGAAAUGUUUUCUUCCUUAUGCUAGAAGAACUUAAGAAAUUAAAAUUUCAACUUGUUAUACACGUAUCUGAUCAUAUAAUAAAAGCACAAUAUGUAUCAACAUAGUAUGAUGUAUUUGCAUACAGUUUCAGUAUUUGAUGUAUUUCACUUCAAUAAGCUUACUGCAGUGAAGAUACUAAUAAUACUUACGAUUUUUGAUUAAAUGAAAUCCGGCACCAGCAAAUCAAUAUUUAACUUAAUAAAAGUUGUAUUUCACUGAAGACUAUUUGGAAUUAUUAUAUAAUAAUAUAAAUGAAGCCUAGAUUUAAUACUACAGUUUGGUGACAAAGACAGAUAUUGGACGCACAGAUUAAGAUCAUUUAUCACAAUACGAUUUGAAAUAUUAGUCAGUUGGAGUCGUGAAAACUGCCUUCACCUGUUAAUCAGAUAAUCUCGCUAUUAACAAUGUUUCCCAGUCUACACCUCAAAAAUUAACAUUGGUUGCAUAAUAUAAGAUUUUAAGCCAAACUUAAAUUAAGCGUUUUCUAGCCAUACUAGAAAUUACCAAUAGCCUUCACCAAUGAAAACUACAUUUUACAGAAAGCAUCUCUUUUUAUUUAUGCUGUUUCAUAUACAAGAAAUUGCUUCUUCCACACUUCUCUUAAGUAUUUCUGAUGUAACUAUUCUAUUCCUUUAGAUGUUGGGACUAAAUGAAAAAAAUUAAUAUUUUAACUUAACUUUAGAAUCAAUCGGUAUAGCUCUGAUAUAUUGUAAAUAUAUUACAAAAAAACAACAACAGCAGCAAGUAAGUUCUUUCUUCUGGUGUAAUGUCUAAUUGGUCAACUUGUUAGCUAAUUGUUGUUGUUACAGUAACUGUCAUAAACCAAACUCAAACUACAAGUUCGACAUUUCAAAACUUAGCUUGGAAUGUUUAUAAACAUAACUGUUGGAAGGAGUGAAUUUUUUGUUUUCAGAUUUUUCAGAAACUACUGGAUUAUGUAAAUUUUCCACUCAUUUUUAUGUAUGGAAUUUUACAUUUUGCCUAAUAUCCGUUAAAUGCUAUUCAAUAAUCAAAUCUUAAUUAAUAUAACAAAUCUUUAACGAAAUUGUUAUGUAUUAUAUUUAAUUCCACGUUUUUUAACAUUAUAUGUUAUGCCAUACAUAAGUAUGAGCGCUUGUUGUUUGUUAGAUUUUUAAAGCUGUCUCUAAAACUAGUAUUCUG